GACUACGCUAACAACCGGAAGUAGCCGGGAUCCCCAAACCCCGGAAGUGGAUGAAAACAUGGCGUGGCCGUGCCAGGUGGGAUUCAGAUCUUGACGUGUGGAAAGAGACAUGACAGGUGUCUACAUGGUUAAGGGCCAUCCAACACGCGAGAUUAUAAUGUUACAAGGUGCUGCAACAUGACUGACAUUACAGACCUAGACACAAUCUUCACCACGUGGGCACAAGAAAAACUCGGCCAGAGGUACCACAAACUGGUCUCAGUAGACACUACAGACCUGUCAAUCAUUAAGGGCAAGGAGACGUACCAUGAGGAAGACAGGAAAGAAGACGACAGGGUCAGUACCAUCAAAAAGAUCCUCGUUAAUGACUUGGAUGUUCCCUCAGAAGAUGAACUAUCUGUGGAAAACACCACAAAGUACUCCUGCCAGUGGUCUCAGACAAAAGGUUUCCGGCUAUCCUCUGACGUGUCAGUGCAGGUAGGCUUGCCUGCCAUCACAGGACUGACCGCCAAGGCUGGGGUACAGUUCAACCUCUCCAAGACAAAGGCAGAAGCGAGGGAGACAGACGAGAGUUAUGCUCACAAGAGGAAGCUGACUCUACCACCUCACUCAAAGGUACUGGCCUCGAUGGUCACCAGAGAGAGAGUGUACAGGAUGACAUUCACUCUCGACAUCUUCCUUCAAGGCACUGUGUCAAUCAAGAUGAUGAAGGACAGCGGGAAGACGAAGACAGCACCGGGGGAUGUUGUGGACAUCUUCCAGCAGUGUGGCAAGAAGGGAACCUUCAGGAUUGACAAGUGUCCAGACGGGAAGAAAGGAGUUUGUCUUACCAUUGAAGGAACCUUUGAAGGAGUGAGAGGCAUAGACCAGAGAGUGGAAACAAGAGAGCUAGAUCACGAGACAGAGAUGAAGAUGGUACAUGAAGACCUUCUCAAGAACAACAUCAGCACCUUUGUUGAAGAGGUUAAAGACCACCAGUCCUUAUCCAAACUUCUUGAGGCAAUGUCUCUAAAACAAGUCCUGUUUGCCGGAGAGGUACAAACUUCUAACGAAGUGUCUGUUAAGGAAACCAUAGAGGAAGUUGUUGGAGUUUUAGCAAGUAAAGAUCCUACUAAGUAUUUGUUAUUUGUGGAGGUUCUAGAGGAAGAGGGGCUUGAUGAUCUUGCAAAAGCAUUAGAUCCUAGGGUGAAGUAUUCAGCAAGUAUUAGGGGUAUCUCCAAUCUAGGUGGGGUUGUGGAUCACUUUUUCACAACCAAGAAAAUCAAGGAGGUAUACAAGAGCUUAGAAACAAGUAGAGGGGCAGUGAUUUACGGCAUUUCUGGGUCGGGUAAAACACAGUUGGCAUACAAAGUCGCAAGUGAUUAUGCCAGAUUCAACCCUGGUGCUGUAGUGUGGGUCAUGGAUGGUAGUUCCAGGGACAAGCUCAACGAAGAGGUUCAAACCUUACAGCAAAGGCUGAGUGGGGGAUCAGAAGAUGGGAACAAUCACAUCUCCAGCCUGGUUAACCAGAGGAGCCAUGUUGUACUUGUUGUAGACGACCUCUCAGCAACGGUGGCCAUUCCCAACGACAUCUUGAACUCUUCAGCUAAGCUCAUCGUGACGACACAGAACUCUGCCUUCAACCUCCCAACAGCAAACAGUAUCGUGAUGGAAGGAUUCACAGAGGGGGAAGCCGUAGAAUUCUUGUCCAAUGGAUUGUCCAGUGAUAUUCCAAGAGAUGGGAUUGAAGAGUUGGCCAGAUCUUUCAGCUGCCUGCCACUUGGCUUAGCAGCAGCUAGAGCCACCAUACAGCAAUGCAGCAUGACUUUCCCUGAGUACAUCCAGCUGCUGAAUAGUGGUAAGGAGGCCAUGGCACAAACAAGGGAGAGAGAAGACCAGUGGCUUCAGGCUCACUAUCACAAGGCCGAGCAUCAAGAUGCUGGAAGAACCAUCUUUGCAGCCCUGGAGGUAGCCAUAGACAAGCUGGACGACCAGUACAAGUCUAUGUUACAACUCUGUGCCUUUUUAAAGCCCCGUGACAUCCCCUUCCUGAUCCUGAGAGACGCGUUGAAAGCUGCGUCACCAGCAUCCAGGCUAGCCUACCAUCUUGAGUUUGCCGGACAGCUGAAGGAGCGGUCACUUGGCUGGAUCAAGGGUGUGGGGGUCAACCGCCGCCUGUCCAUCCAUGGAGUCACACAGACAGCUAUAGGUCUGAGGAUGGAUGAGCAACAGAAGAUAAGCUGCAUCAACAUGUUGCUUGAAAUCUUAGUCAAGUUCUUCUCCAAGGAUAACAGGUACUUUGUGGCCCAUAACUUCAGCAUGUCACUAAUGCCACAUGUGGAAAGAGUGCUGGAGCACGCUGACGGGAUGGCCAUGGGUCCUGAGUAUCCGUUAAUGAAAUCCAUGUUGCUGGGUGUGUAUGGUUUCCUGCAUACCCAGAAGGAAACUCGAGUCUUGUCUGAAAAGCCCCUGCAAGAUGCAAAGAAACUGCUGCUACAGUUCGCCAGUGUCAACCCUCAGGCUCUUCAAGAAAAGGUUUUGGAAGACAAACAAGAAGACAACAGAGACAGGGAUCUGGAGGAGUCCCCAAGAGCAGAGGCCAGAGAGCUGUACAAGGUGCUGUCUGCUAAAAGUUGUUCCUUGAAAGACCACUUCCUCCAAGACACAGUGAUAGGCAUGAUAGUCACUGAACAGCAGUUCAGAGCCAUACAGGACAAGCUUACUCCCAAGGACAGAACAGACAUGGAGUCUGUGGUGAAGACUUAUGAUUCCCUGACACCACAGAUGUACCAAAAGUUAGCUGACAACAAGCUAGCCAUGCCUGUGGAGACACUGAGGGAAGUUUUCCUCCCAGAAUUGUACAUCUCUACCAUCUACACCCUUGGUAGAACCAUCUUCUACCUUAGUGACCAGUACCCUCCAGGUUCUGACAGAAGGGCUCCUUUCAUCCGAGACAUGCAGGUUGCUUACUACCUGUGUGAGGAAGUCACCAAUGCAACAGGCUGCAGUCUUCUGCACACCUUUCUCUCAAAGGCUGAAGGUCUGAACAAGCUGCUACUUGAGGUAGAGGGUAAAGCCAAGGAACAAGUCAUGCCAGACCUUCAGAGGGCAGAGGGUUUCUACAAGACCAUGCUUGGUGACAGAACCGAGUACUACGAAUUUGGGCUGCUGAAACGCGUCGGUCCAGAUGUACACACCAAGUUACGCUGUCAUGAGAAGCUGGUCAAGUGCUACAGAGCAAUGUUCAUGAAUGCAGAAGAGAAGAAGAACGGAUUCAUCAAAAAGGGACAAGAGGAGUGCGACAGGAUGCUGAAACUUGCGGAGGAUGAGAUACGCGCCGGGAACCUGAACCCUCCACAGAGGCUGUCCGCGUACUACAUCACAGCCGGGCAGUUCAUGAUGGAUGACGGGAAACCAGAACUCUUGGAAAAGGCAGGAGAGAUGUUUAAGAAGGGCUACAGGGUUGAGCUGAAGAAGAAGACAUACCAUCCAUGUAUGGAGGCAGCUCUGAAAGGUCUGAUACAGGUUUACACGGCUAAGAAACAGCUGCCACGAGCAUUGACUGCUGCAGUACUGCCUUAUGCUGCAAGAGGGCUGUUUUCUUCUGCUGGCAAAACUUACACACCUUCUGCAGCUGGGGUGGGGGAAAUUUUCAAACAGAAAAGGUGCAUUGAGACAGAGAGUCAGUUUGACUUCUUGAAGGACCUUGUAGAGAAGGUUCCAGACGUGGGGGAGGACAGUGGAGGUCGGGAGGUCAGGAACAGUGAUGACAACGCUGCACAGUCUCGCCCCAGACAAAGGAGACCGAGGACAAAUGGAGGGAGGAAGAGAGGGAGAAGAAAAUCAUCAGAAGAGGAGGAGGAAGAGGAGGAGGAGGCAGAGGAUGAGUCAGACAUGGAGAUGGAGGAUGACCAGGACAGCACGUCCCAGGACAGUCAGCCCCUCAACCUGUCCAUCUCCUCAGCCACUCACCUGACUGUACCUGUCAUGCCCAGCUACACACCUUCAACAUCCACCUCAGGACAGCAGCAGAGACCACCCAAACUAGGACAGCCUGCAGUCUCCCCAGCCCUGGGUGUCCCUCCUAUGCCUGGCAUCCCCAUCCCCCAGAUGUUUGCAGCAAUGGCUCCUCCCACUUCCACAUCCAUGUCAGUCACCCACAUAGCCCCGCCCAUCCCAGCUCCAGCAGCCAAUCAUGAUGAAGAUGAUGAUUAUGACUCUUAGCAGUGUAACAUUGCUGUUCUGCCCAGGUCUAAAACAGACAUGUAGAUUUAGGAGAGUUAACCUAACUAAAGGUCUAUAUGUACAGAGGAUUUUAUAAAGAUACAACAUUGUUAUCAUCUUAUUCUGAGGUAGAAGGUUUCACAGUAAUAUCUGCAGGGCUAUAUUUUCUCUUACGUUUUAUAAUACAUGAUGGGCACAUUAAGAUUAAAAUUUAAUUUCUGCUUAAAAGAUGCUUCGGUUUUGUAUUUGUGGUAUACUCAGAAAAACUGGGAGCUGAUUGUAGGGUACAAUGAGAGUUUUUCUGACAGUAAGUGUUUAAAUGCUAUUGUCCAUCUAUAUUCUGUACUGUGUAUGCUCUUAUGUACAUCUACAAUACCUUCAUUAUGAUAGUCCUGAAAUACUAGUAACACAUUUUAACAUUUUGUAAACAGAAAAAAACAGCAAAACAGUUGGUAUGGUACUUCUGGAUUCAAAGGCAUAAAAUAAUAAUAUAUAGCUACCCCACAAUAUCUAUUGGUCAAAGAUACAUUGUACCAUUUUGGGGAGGGGUGUCAAUGAAUUGAAGGGUUUCGAAAUUCGCCUCCAUUGAUGGUCAGUCAAAGUGUUUGAAAAGUCUGAGAAAUGUACCUGUUGAUGGUAAAGUUGUUUAAAUCCUUAUUUACUAUGAGUUGUUUGACUGCAGAUUUUUGUCUAUAUCACAUUAAAAGUAGAGAUAUGAUUACAUGUACUCUUUAGAAAGAAGUUAUUGAUAGUGAAAAUAUAUUUGGUGCUACUCUUCUGUCAGUUUGUGACACCAGUGAUAACAAAAUAAAACAUUUCCUGAUUACAUUCAUCCAUAACAAUUAUCAAAAACGUAGAUGUUUGCGCAAAACAUACAGCCUUCUGAUGUUACUGAAUAUCAAAUUCUACAAAUCAUACUAGUACUUGUAUGGUUAAAUGUAAUCAAGAAAUGUUUUAUUUUAAGUGUUAUAGUGUCACAAACUCUUAAUCAUAUUACUCUGUUGGUUAUGUUGAUAAUAUAACUGUACUGCUGUGGUAUCUUACUAUCUCUACAACAAAGAGUAAUAUGUUUCUAAGAUAAGUUUUCCAGUAUAGUCAAGGAGACAAAGUAUUAAUGUAGUAUGCAUCAAUAUUCGAUAGAUCAUUAUCAAUGUAUCUACAAUAAUCACCACUAAAAGGCACAGUUCAACUAUGAUACGAGCACUGAUAUCUUCUUAUUGUUGUUGCGCAUAUUUACACUCAAAAUGCACUGCUGCUAGGUUAGUCACACAUUUUUUGUUCACACAUUUUUGUUUCACAGCAAAAGCAUUCUGCUGCUCUGUUAGAAGAAACAGAUUAUUACACUAGUGGCAAUUACUAUCUAAUGAUAGUAUAAGACUUCAUAUUACCUGCUAUACUUAUAAUCCAAUGUUAAAAGAAAUCAUUGUGGAAACAUCAAUGUUGUACCAAAAUAUGAAAUCAAGCCCUUAUAAUAUGACUAACUGCUUUCUUAGUUACAUAUGUAUGGAGACAAUUAAUUGUCUGGUGCUAGCACGUUUACUAUUUUUUUCUUUUCACAAAGAUUUGUUAUAGAUCAAGAAUGGUGUAAACUAUUUCUAAAAGAUUACUCAACCCUAUGAUAGACUGACACUUUACUAGCACAUGUAAUGAAUCUUGAUGUACCUUGUUCCUGUAUGAUAAUAAAAACAUAUAGUUUAAA